GUCCAACUCGGGCGACGAGAGCGUGCCACGUGGGCGCGCUUCAAGUGCGCGCACCUGGGCGCAAAUUCCAUCUGAUUAGCCCCGACAACGAUGGCACCGACGACCGCGAUCGGCGAGGACGUGUACUCGUCGCGCGAGAUCUUGUAUGACGCGCAACACGCUGCCGAUGACGACGCUAUCGAAAGCGACGCGGUCGCCCGCAAGCGCACGUACGACCGCCAACGGCUGCGCGACCACCGCCGGCGCGAGAGGCUCCAGGCCCAGUACCUCCGCGAACAGGUCGCGGCGCUCUCGGCCGAGCUCGAGGCCCGGACGUCGUCGCCGCUGCCGUGGCGCGACGUGGCCAUCGCACUGGCCAACAGCUCUCAAAGCGCCAAGCUGACCAACAGCGCGCUCAAGGCCCAGCUUCACUACACGCGGCAGCUGGCCUACGUGCUCACGACCUGCUUGAGCCGCGUCCCAUCGUCGCCACUUGACAACGUUCUACCGCAUUUGGCGUCGUACCAGUGCCAGACGCUGCCCGCAACGCAGCGCGGCGAGGCCCUCGCGUGGCUCACGACGCGACUCUACCACCACGCGACGCACGCAUUGAGCUGUUGCCGGCCGAUUGCGUUUGACGUUCAUUUUGCCGAGACGGAGAGUGUCGCGCUCUCGUACAUGGUGCUGCAGCAGCAGAUUGAGAUACCCGCGCCGCUCGAAGCGCUCGUCGAGAGCAAUCGACGCAUCUACCUCCAGAACGCGUGUCCUGGGCACACGGCCGCCUACGUUGAUCACGACCUUGUGACCACUGCGCUGGGUGAAGACGCUGCGUAUUUCGACCUUGGAGCUGGCGACCAUGUGCUGUACCGCCUCUUUGAGAUGCCGCACCGCGCGGUGCUCGUGUGCUCGUCCAUCACGGACGAGACGCGCGUCAACAACCCGAACGCUGUCCUUUCGAAUGGCUGGAUCAUCAUGGACCGUCUGGACGCCAAGACGACACGCAUCUCGGAGCUCUUUCUCUUUUCGAUGCGGCAGGAGGAAGAUGCGGAGCUCGAGACGGUGGCCAAAGCGCAGGCAGCCGCGCGGGUCGCUGCGUUGAACAACCACAGCUUUUGCAAGCAACUUCUCACAACGACGCUCCGAGGCGUCCUGCCGGAUGGCGAAACCGCACCUGACGAGGGUUGGACGACAUGUCCUUGACAGAGUACACCGUAGUACAUUCUUUUGCUGAAAUGAGUUAUCAACAUGCAAUUAUAUAGUGAAGAG